AUGUCUUCAGCCUCCACACCUCAUGUAUUUUCGAUCCACCAGGUGGGAGCCGAGAAGCGGCCCUUCCGGAAGCACAAAAUGCCUCCCGACGUUUAUCCACAAGACCCCAAGCAAGAGGAAGAUUCGAUGAGCACAGAGCGCUUGCGGAAAGGUUUCAUCGUUCAAGUGCCGGCGUGCGAGAGCGACAGCUAUGUGGCCAAGGUAAUCUUUUACUUUUGCUCUUCAUUUUUUAGGUCUUACCGGCAGCAAAAUCGAAAAAUUGUUUUAGAACGCCAAAAGCUUGGAGGACGCGCUUUCUCGAGCCUCCAAGCUGAUCAAGAAUGUGAUUCAGCAGAAGGACGAGCACAACAAGUUCCAGUUGGACAAGAAGAAGCAGAAAGACUUUACUUUUCAAGGCUUCUACAAUCCAAGUGUGAGUUGCGACCCGUUUUUUCGAAAUUCUCCAUGUUUAGGCGCAAAAAGACAAGAGCAACUGGUAUGAUGAGCUCGCCAAGGGCCGAGGUCUGUCGGCGUUGGUGAAAAAGCUACCCAGCAUCAAGAAGGAUGGACUGGAGGUCCUGUUCCAAUCAAAAGUUCCGCUGCCUCGAGCGAUUUGGUGCAUCAAAAUGAAUCAAAUUGGGAUGAUGCUGCAGCAAACUCAACAAAAUCGAGUGAAGAAGCAGUUGGAUCAGAUCAAGAUUGUAGCGUCGUUCCUCAAAGGACAGUUGAAGAAACUGGAUAAUCCACAAGUGAGAAUUUUGAAUUUUUGCUUGACUUUUAGGCUUCUAAAAUUGGAAAGGCUGUUUGACACCUAAAAUAAGGUAAUUUUUGCCGAAAAAAGAGGAUUUGAGGGAUGGCAAGCUGGUCCGUUCUACGAUAUCACUUUUUUGAAGAUUUUACGGUUUGAAAACGAGUAAUUUUCCGUAAAAACGUCUAAAUUUUUUUUGGAGGCAUCUAAAAUAAGGUAAUUUUUUGUCGAAAAAAGUGGUUUGAAGAUGUGUAAAGCAUUUCUACUCCUUUCUGAUGGCUUUUUAAAGGAUUUUUUGGCCUUGAAUGGAUUGUUUUUCACAUUUCCUGCAAAAUUUGCCAAAUUUUUUAUAUUGUACUUGGUAAAAAAAAAAUUUCAAUUUUAGCUCUCCGCCUCCGAAAUCACUCAGAUCUACCAAAGAUGGCCCUAUUAUCUCACUCUGUUCAAAAAUUGCUUCGAAGAAGGCGUUCUGGAUCGACAGGAAUUCCUUUUUGAGCUCUGCGAUCUCCUCACGGAAUAUAUGAACUUCCCCUUGGAUCGACCUCAUGUCUUCAGAUUAUUAAUAAAUUUCACAGCCAAUUUUGUGGACAUAGCGGUGCAGAAUGUGAUCGUCGCCAGGAGAUUCGGGUACAUCUGUGCAUAUCGAUUGGACAAGUAUUUGAAGGAUUAUGAGAGGAGAUUUGGGUAAGAAUUUGAUGUUUUUUUGGCGUUUAGGUAUUGUUCGAUGGGAAUUCGGAGAGAAUAUGGGUGGAUUUGAGUGUUGAACGUAUUUUGGGGCACGGAAAAGAUGAUUUAUCAAAAAAAAAUUCGGAUUUUUUGAGGAAAAUUAUCAAAAAUGACGAUAAAAAGGGUUAAAUCGGAAAUUUUGGAGAAAAUUGAAGGUUUUGAAUUGUGAAUUAUUGAGCUGUAUAUUAUUUGGAUGUCAAGGGACGGCUUUGGAAACAUAAAAUUUUUUUUUGAAAAUCCCCGAAAAAUUUGGUCAGGGGGGACCAAGGCGAUUUUUUUUUGAUGUUUUUUAAAAAAAAUUUGUCACUGUUUUGGAAAACGCUUCAUAAGAUGAUUUACUAUGCCUCAUAGACGCUGUAAAUUUCAUUUCCGGCAAUUGGUUUUGGCGAUAUCCAAAAUUUUGAGCAAAAAUUUUUUUACUUGACCUAGUAUAAUAUUUUUGAUAUUUUUGCCCAUAAUGCCACUUCAAAAUCCCUGUUUCAGCGCCUAUUCCGACAUCUCCAAAGUGAUCAGCGAGUACGAGCAUUGCGCCGCGCAAUGCUCGUACUUCAAAAAUUGUCAAAAAAGUUGGUCAGGGGGGACCAAGGCGAUUUUUUUUUGAAAAAAAAAUUUUGUCAAUUUUUCGGACAACGCUUUAUAAGAUGAUUUACUAUGCCCCAUAGACGCUGUAAACUCCAUUUCUGGCAGUUGAGUUUAGCGAUAUCCUCAAUUUUCCGCAUUUUUUUUUACUUGACCUAGUAUAAUAUUUUUGAUAUUUUUGCCCAUAAAAGUCGUUUAUAACCCCUGUUUCAGCGCCUAUUCCGACAUUUCCGAAGUGAUCAGCGAGUACGAGCACUGCGCCGCACAUCGCGUGAUUAUUUUGACGCUUUCCGGCAUGCUCCGCGCACUGAUCAUCGACUGCCCGGCCGCUUUCGUUUGGAACCCAUCGGACGUGAAGAGCGGCACACCGGACCAACUGGCCGGCUCGCCGUUGGACAAGUUCUCACGAGUGGAACAGUUCCUCCUGGACUGUUAUUUCCCGUCCAUUCCGAGGGCCAAGGAGAUCUUGAAACGACGCCUUCAUGAGAUCCGAUCCAGGAGCCAGAAUGUGGAAAAUAAGUGGGCCAGAGAGUCGGGAAGCCAAAAGGGAUUUUGUAAGGGAUUUUUGAGCAUUUGAAAUGCGAUUUUUUGGGGGAGUUUUGAGGAAAUUUGUUGAAAUUUUGCCUUUUUAUAUUGUUUUAGGUAGAAAUUGAUGGUUUAAGGUUGAGGAUGGGUUUUAGGUGGAAUUUUUAAAAUUUUUAUAUGAUUUUUGGGAUUUUCAAGAAGAUUGGAGUAUUAGAAAGCAAGAUUUUUUGGAUUUUAAGAGGAAAAAUUGAAAAUUUUAUAUUACUUUAGGUAGUCAUGAUGAAUUGAAAGGUGAAUUGGAUGAUUUAGAAGGGAUUUUGAGGUGAUUUGGGACGUUGGAAGCUUACUUUGGAGUUGAAGAAGACAAAUUUUUAGAUUUUCAGAAGAAAAAAUUGAAAAUUUUAUAUUACUUUAGGUGAAAAUGAGAGAUUUUAAGUGAAAUUUGAUGUUUUCAAAAGAUUUUUUAGCUUGUUUAGACCAAUAAAAUGGAAUUUUCGAUAUAAUUUAGACGGAAUUUUUAGAUUUUUUGAUGAAAAAUUGAAAAUUUUAUAUUAUUUUAGGUAAUAUUGGCAAAAAAUUUUUUGUGAAUUUUUUCUUGAAACAAUAUUUUAGGAUGAUUUGUAUUAUUUUUAAAAUUUUUUGGGUUAUUGAGAUGACGGAUUUUUUAGAUUUUUCAACGAAAAAAUCCAAUUUUUUGCUUUGGUGGUCAUGGUGAAUAUAACCUCAAAUUCCCCCGAAUUUUCAGACCGAAUCGUCAACCUCUGCAUCAGCGUGGUGUCGGCAUUAGACAUGUUCGAAGCGACGGCCAAGAAUUCAUUUUCCAAUUUGUACAAGACCGUCUUCAACGAGAGUUUUUCCGGCUCGGUGGAUGCUGAAGUAAGUGAAAAAUUUUAAAAUUUUUUCCCUUCGAAAUUUAGAACCAAAUGGAAAUGGUGUUCCGCAUCAAGUGCUGCCUCCAAUGGGCCAUCAUCAGCGAACGCGAAGGCACGUAUCGCGCCCUGGUCGUCGCCAAAUUGCUGGCCCUCCGAGUGGCCCUAAGCGAGACGAAAAAUUUCUCACCGUUUUGCGGAUUCAAACUCCAAGACUUGCUGAUCGACUACAUCACGCAUGACGCCCCACAAAUCGACCAGCCGAACUACCGCAAGGAGUAUGGGAACAUGAUUCACUUGUUCAUGGAGCUCCAAAGAUUCGGCCUUUUUUGUCAUGAUUCGUAUGUUAGAAGUGAGUUUGGGGAAACGGUUUUUUUGCAGUGUGAGAUGUGGAGCUUUGAGGAGGGCUUUGAAGUCGUUUUGGGAUUUGAAAGCAAAAAAAAAUUUUUUAUCCGAGGAGUACAUAAAUUAUGGUAAGGGGGGACCAAGGCAAAAAAUGAGUUCAGAUUUUUUUCAAAAUUUUUCGGUGAAAAAUAGGCCUGGGAACUCCUAAAUACUUUGUCUUUGCUUUCCACACAUUUAUUUUGAAAUAGCAACCUUCGGAGAGAUGUUAUACGAUGAAACAUGUUUAGUCGUAUAAAAUGUCACCAGAUAAAAUUAUUGAAUUGUAUACUUUUAAUGGGCUCUGAAAGAAACUGUGAAGAUUUUAGCACUGCUUUCGGCACAUUUUAAUUUUUAAACAGCGACUUCAGGUGACAUGUUAUACGAUGAAACGUGUUUGAUCGUAUAAAAUGUCGAUAAUUAAAAUUAUUGAGUUUUAUAUUUGUAAUGAGCUAUAAAAGAAGCUGUGAAGGUUUAGCACGUGCGUUUCACACAUUAUUUUUUAAACAGCGACUUCAGGUGACAUGUUAUAUGAUGAAACAUUUUUGAUCGUAUAAAAUACCUCCGAACGAAAUCAAGUAAAUGUGUAAUCGACCAUAGAAUAACUGAAAGUUUAGGCUGAUGCUGUUCACAUUUCACUCGCAAUCGGUAGCAAUUUAAAAUGAAAAAUUAAACUUUUUUGAUUUUUUUCAGGUCUUCUCCGUUGCGGCCUUCUGAAUUCCCCGAUAGUCCAAAAAAUUGUCGAAUUGAACCCCGGGUCCUCGUUUUCACCCACGAAAUCAAUCGAUGAUCUGGAACGGCAGGACUCUUCCACUCCAGUGAAGCAUGCAGAACCUGUUGGCGGAGUAAUUUCAUUUAUUCCACCGGUCGAUAAUUCGCCGAUGCCUGUUCUUCAGAAACCGAAAUGCGAUAGGCAAGUGGUUUUUAGGGGAUUUGGAAGCGAUUUAAAAAAAAAUGUUUUUUUGAAAUUUUUUCGGAUUUUUUAAUUAAAAAAACUUUUUUAUAAUAUCGGAUGACUUUUUAAAAUGAUUUUUUGCAUUUUUCAAGUUCUUUAAUUUUAUUUUUUUUAUAUUUUUUGGAUUUUUUUAAAUUUUUUUAUUAUAAGGAUGAGUUUUUAAAUGAUUUUUGGCAUUUUCUAUUUAUUUUAUUCGAUUUUUUUGCUUUUUUUGUAAUACUUUUUUUUUGAAAUUAAAAAAUUUUUUUGGUUUUUUUAACGAACUUUUUCUUUUCAGCCCAUGGAAAGAGCGCAGAUCCUCCUCGGAAGACUCGUUGGACUCGGACGAAAAGAAAGAAGAGCUGGCUUGGCUGUUGCCGGACCCCGCAAUCGUCCAGGACGAGCAUUUAUACCUGGAUAAUCCACCUGGCUUGACGGUCCAUGAACGGUUCUUACUGCAGCUCCCGAUUGAACAGGUAAAAAAAAUUUAUUUUUGAUUUUUUUUUUAUUUUUAUGAUACGAGAAAUUCUAUUUUUUUUUUAUUUUUGUCAAUUUUAUUAUUUUUUUAAAUUUUUUUAACGAAGUGUUUGGUUUUUUUUUAAUUUUUUUUUAUUUUUAAAAUACUAGAAAUUCAAUUUUUUCAUUUUUUUUUUAUUUUUUUUCAUUUUUUUAAUUUUUUUAAAAUUUUUUAACGAAAUUUUUGGUUUUUUCUGAAUUUUUUUAUUUUUAAAAUACGAGAAAUUCUAUUUUUUUUUUAUUUUUUUUUAAUUUUUUUAUUUUUUUUAAUUUUUUUUAUAUUUUGAAAUUUUUUUAACGAAAUUUUUGGUUUUUUUUUUUUUUUUUUUUUAUUUUUAAAAUACGAGAAAUUCUAUUUUUUUUUUAUUUUUUUUUAAUUUUUUAAUUUUUUUUAAUUUUUUUUAUUUUUUGAAUUUUUUUUAACGAAAUUUUUGGUUUUUUUUUAUUUUUUUUUAUUUUUAAAAUACGAGAAAUUCAAUUUUUUUAUUUUUUUUUUUUUAUUUUUUUCAUUCUUUUUUUAUUUUUUUUUAUUUUUUAACGAAAUUUUUGGUUUUUUAAAUUUUUUUAGAAAUUUUUUCAAUUUUUUAGACCGAAGAGAACCGAGAAUGCCGAAACCAACGCCUCUGCUUCGUCUACGGCGCCUCCGCGGAGUGGGAUUCGGCCAAAAAUCAGCUGAACCAAAUCUCGGCCGAGAUUUCGAAAAUCUGGCAAAAGAAAAAUUGCUACCAAUUCAAGGCCGGCUCCAUGGAAUUCGGCCUCAAAACCAGGGCCAAAGGCGGCGACGAGACCUCGGAAUUCCGGCAGUUGACCUACAACGACCAACUGGUGGUCGUCGGGAAAUGCGUGGACUCCUUCAUGAACGCGAUUUAUGAGUUUUUGGACCAAAAAACGGUCCACAUACCUACUGCGGAGGGCCUAGAUGUGAUUUGUUUGAUGAUGGAGGACUGUAAAUAUAUCUCGGGCAUCGUGGAUUUGGCUCAGGAGGUGGGAAUUUAUAGUUUAGGAGGGGAAAAAUGAGAAUUUUUAUAUUGUAGUAGGUGGGAAAUGGAAGAAAUUUAUAUUGUAGUAGGGGAAAAAUGUGAUGUUUGAUGCUUUAGUGGGCAAAAGAGGCAAAAAUUUAUAUUGUAGUAGGUAAAAAAAGUGAAAAUUUAUAUUGUAGUAGGUGGGAAAUGGAAGAAAUUUAUAUUGUACUAGGUGAAAAAUGUGAUAUUUUAUGUUUUGGCAGCGAAAGGGGCCAAAAAUUUUUAUUGUGGUAGGUAAAAAAAGUGGAAAUUUAUAUUGUAGUAGGUGAGAAAUGGAGGAAAUUUAUAUCGUAAUAGAGGGAAAAUGUGAUACUUUAUGUUUUUGCAGGGAAAAGAGGCAAAAAUUUAUAUUGUAGUAGGUAAAACAAGUGAAAAUCUGUAUAGUAGUAGGUGGGAAAUGGAAGAAAUUUGUAUUGUAAUAGGUCAAAAAAGUGAUAUUUGAUGCUUUAAUGGGCAAAAGAGGCAAAAAAUUAUGUUAUAGUAGGUAAAAAAGUGAAAAUUUAUAUUGUAGUAGGUGGGAAAUGGAAGAAAUUUAUAUUGUAGUAGGUGAAAAAUGGGAUAUUUUACGUUUUUGCAGGGAAAGGAGCCAAAAAUUCAUAUUGUAGUAGGUAAAAAAAGUGAAAAUUUAUAUUGUAGUAGGGGAAAAUUUGAUAUUUUAUGUUUUUUGUAAGGAAAAGAGCCAAAAUUUUAUAUUGUAGUGGAUGAAAAAGUGAAAAAAUUGAAAAUAAAAACUGAUUUUUAGGUCUAAAAAUCCCAAAAAAUGUAAUUUUUGGGUGAUUUCCGCCUUUUUCCAAGUAAAAAUCCACGUUUUUUAGUUAAUUCCCGUCCUACAUGAUGUGGAGAACUAUAUCGACACAUUUGAAUCGGAUUACAUGCCCGGAUUCAUCGCUUCCCAAAUGGCUUAUGUUCUGUGUUCGUAUCUGGCCGCACAUUCGGACUACUUUUUUUGCUCAAAAGGAGCUCCUGAAGUGGUUUUGAGGUAAAAAUUUGAGUUGUAAUCGGAGAUUGAAGCCGGAAAAGACCAAUAUUUUGCAGUAUUGGGAAAUUUUAUGAUCUUUGUGCUAUCCUGGAUUGAUUACAGCCAAGAAAAAGCUCGAAAACGAUCAAAAAGACAUCGAAAUCUUAGAGAGGUCGAUGUGAAGCUUUUUGAAGUCAAAUUCAGACCUCAAGGAUCACUUUUUGACCAUUUUGUCGAAUGAAAAAUCAUUGAAACUGACUGAAAAACUUAUUUUUUGGUCGUAGUGGACUUUAAUUCAGAGUAAAAUACGGUUUUUAUCCAUGGAAAAAUCGAAAUGACCCCGAAUUUGAUGCGAAAGAUGUAAAAGGGAACCAAAAAGACGGUUGAAUUAGAAGAGAUAUAGCGGGGUUUUUGAGGGCUCUUACGGUUCGAAAAAUGCCUCAAAAGGUCUCAGCAUCUGCUCUAUUCAGUUGAGAAAGCAGAAUAAUAGGAAUAGAGCAGAUGCUGAGACCUUUGGAGACAUUUUUCGAACCGCAAAGGUCCUCAAGAAACCGUUGUUGCUCUCUUCUACAGUGACGGAAAUGAUCCAGUGGCAAGAAGUGUGCCAUUUUGCAUCCGGGAAGUAUCAAAAAAUGUAGUAAAAUGUUUCCCUCUCCAACUAAAAAAACUCCGUUUUGAAGUCGCGUUUUUGAAAUCGGAGUUUUUUCACUUGGAGAGGGAAGCAUUUCGCCACAUUUUUGAUACUUCCCGGAUGCAAAAUGGUACGUUUUUUUGCCACUGGAUCAGGUCCGACACUGUUAUUCAGCCGCCUUUUUGGUUCUCUUUUACAUUUUUCGCAUCGAAUUCGGGGUCAUUUUGGUCUUUUCAUCGAUAAAAAACUGCAUUUUACUCGGAGGUUUAAAGUCCACUAUGAGUAAAAAAUAAGUUUUGCAGUCAGUGCCAAUGCUUUUUCAUUCGACAAAAUAGUCAAAAAGUGAUCCUUGAGUUUUUUUGAAUUUGGCUUCAAAAGGCUUCGCAUCGACCUUUCUAAGAAUUCGACGUAUUUUUGAUCGUUUUCGAGCUUUUUCUUGACUGUAAUCAAUCGAGAAUAGCAUAAGGGUUAUAAAAUUUUCUAAUACUGCAAAAUAUUGGUCUUUUCCGGCACGGCAGAAGGGUCAUAAAUUGCCCGGCAUUGCGAAAUAUUGAUUUUUUUAUCAAAAAAGUGGUAAUAUUACGGAAAUUACUAGUAUUUUCGUCUUUCCAGCCUCUCCAAAACCUUUGAUCAAGCGAUCCGCGGCCAGGGCUACCCUCAAACCGGCUGGUCUCGGUCGGUAAUUCAGUUCAUUUGGAACGCUCGAACCAUUUUAAUCGAUGCCGGCUUGGUUUCAAGCCAUCAAUUGCACGGCCUAAAGCAAGAUUUCCGCCGAAAUUUCUACGAAGACAUCCCCCGAUCCACACCGGAGACCCUCAAAUACAACCCCGAAUUGUGGAUGGACAUGCUGGAUGGAGUGAAACGCGUCUUUGAUUACGAAUUGUACAAACUUCACUUGCCCAGCGUGGAAGACGACCACAGCAGAUACAGUUUUGUGUGCAAUGUGUUCAAAAAAGCCAUGGAAUUAAAAAAUGACAUGGAAAAGUAGGUUGGGAAGAAUUUGGUGGAGCAUUUUGAGGCGUUUUGAACUUUUCCCACGCUUGUUGCCAACGCACGGUGCAGUUUUCUGUUUUCUUUUUUCGUACAGUGCAGACCAACAAAAAAAGUUUGCACUGUGCAAAAAGAGAGAAAGAUGAAUGCACGGUGCAAAAGAAAAUUUUUUGAUUUUUUUCGCGAAAAACUUGGUGUAGGGGUUUUCGAGGGCGCUAAUUUCGAAAAUCAUGUUCAUUUUUUUUGAAGUUUACUAGUUUUCCUUAAGUAGUAGUGUUAAAAGUAAUUUUUUAAAAUUUUUCCAAAAAUACUGGAUUUAGGGGUUUUCGAGGGCGCUGAUUUCGAAAAUCGUGUUCAUUUUUUCUGAGCUUUACUAGUGUUCCUUAAGUAGUAGUGUUAAAAAGUAACUUUUUGGAAUUUUUCCAAAAAUACUGGAUUUAGGGAUUUUCGAGGGUGCUGAUUUCGAAAAUCGUGUUCAUUUUUUAUGAAGCCGACUAGUUCCCGACCUGACUUAAUAAUGAGUCUUGACCAUCAUAAUCAAGGAUUGAGUCGAUUUCCGGGGUUUUUUCAGCAACCACCGGCCUAGGUCACGACCCAGGCCGCGAGCUAGUAAAGUUCAGAAAAAUAUACACGAUUUUCGAAAUCGCCACCCUCGAAAACCCCUAAAUCCAGUAUUUUUGGAAAAAUUUCAAAAAAUUACUUUUUAACACCACUACUUAAGGAAAGCUAGUAAAGUUCAGAAAAAAUGAACACGAUUUUCGAAAUCACCACCCUCGAAAACCCCUGAACCAAGUUUUUCCCAAAAAAAUCAAAAAUUUUUCACCACGGGGUCGCUUUACUCCCAUUUUGGGUGUUUUUUACACCAAAAAGCGAUUUUUUUUGGGAUUUUCAAGCAUGUUUUUUCUUUUCUGGGAGAUUUUUAUUUCGAUUUUCAGACUCACCGAGCUCGCCAAUUUCUGCUCGCAUGUCGCCGCUCAAAAACACAUCGCCUCAACCCUGUACAACUGCAUUUCCGAACUCUGCAAUCCAUCGCAGUCGAAGAAAAUGUUCAUCAAAGAAAUCGGAGUCAAUAUUGAUGACCCCUCUGUCCAUUAUUCAUUGUCCGUUUUUAUUCUUUUGCUGGCUGCCAGAUACUGCUUCAGUGUCCAUGUUUUGAUCCACACUUUGAUCUACAAUGUGGUCAUCCCGACUGUUCAUGAUGACUCGCCGAGAACUAGUGAGUUUUCGAUUUUUUGGGGUUUUUGGGGGAAAUUUGGGGAGAAAUGUUGUGGGAAAAGGGUUUUUGGACCUUUUGUGAAGACUUAUUGCGGUGUUUGGGUGGUAAUUUUAUUAUUUUUUUUUUUGAAAAAAAAAUUUUUUUGGAAUUUUUUUGAUGUCUAAAGUAAGGUCGGAAAAUUUCUGAAAGAUUUCCCUUUGCAUUUAUUACGAUUUUUCAUGCAAGGAUUUACUUUAAAUUUUGAUUUUUCGCGCGAAAAAAUAGAAAUUUUUGUUAUUUUUGACCAAAAAUGGCCUUUAAAAUGUUUGUAGAAGACUUUUUUCGGCUAAAAUACGAUUUUUAAAGAAAAUUAGGCCUAUAAAAAGCCUUAUUAAUAUCACAAAAAUGAUGUUUUCCGACGGCGUAUUUUACCGAAAAAAUGGUCGAUUAGACUUGCAAAAUGAAAAAGAAAAUUGAUUUUUUUAACUUUACCAUGCCUUUUUGGUCUCUAAAUUUUUAAUCUUGCUUUAUUUUCCCCUAAUUUCCCGUCUUCAGUCGCGCAGAACGUGAACGGUCUCUGCUUGACGCUGCGGAUUUUGACGGGCCUAGUCACCGCCUCGGACCGCCCAUUCCAACUCAAAGCCGAGGAAUCGCGCGUCCAGAAGCCGCUCGGCCAAAUCCGCGCCCUCCGCAUGCUCCAGAUCAACGAAAUGGACAAAAUAAUCUUCCCCCUCCUGUCGGCAGUCGCCCUCUUGAACGAGAAUGUGAAAAAAGACCGCAACAAUCGACCACUCCUCACCGCCAUUGUGAAAUGCUCGCUGCUGGCGAUGUGCGAAGAGGAGUGGGUGGCCAAGCGAAUGUUUUGGAUAUGCGAGAAUGAUCUGGCAACGGAAACGGACCAAAAACAAAAGAAGGACGAAUUAUUUAGUUGCCAGAAGCUGAAGGAUAACUCGGUGGUGAGUGGAGGGGAAUGUAAUUGGGUAGAUUGGGCAGAUUGGACAGAUUGGUCAUCUUGACCAGUCGAAAAAAUCGGAAAUGAAAAUUUUUGGGCUUGGUUUUUGAAUUUGCCGACUUAAAUUUGACUGGUCAUAAUGGGAAGAUUGUCAUGUUGACCGGUCAAAAAUGGGCAGAUUGGUCAUAUUGACCCGUCAAAAAACCAAAAUUCCAUUUUUUUGGACUUGUUUUUUUAAGUUGCCCGCAAAGUUUGACCGGUCAGAGUGGGCAGAUUGGUAAUCUUGACCGGUCGAGAAAGUCGUAUAUUCUGAUUUUUGGACUUGAUUUUUGAAUUUUACCACAUAAAUUUUACCUGUCAGAUUGGGCAGAUUGGCCAUGUUAACCGGACAUGAAAGGUCGAACAUUAAAAAUUUUUGGCUUGUUUUUUUAAUUUGACCGGUAAAAAUGGGCAGAUUGGUCAUAUUGACCCGUCAAAAAAAUCAAAAUUCCGUUUUUUUGGACUUGUUUUUUUAAGUUGACCGGUCAUAAUGGGCAUAUUUGGAAUGUUGACCGCUCAAAAAAUCGAAAAGUCCAUUUUUUGGGCUCGAGUCUUGAAUUUGACCACAUUAAUUUGACCGGUCAUAAUGGGCAGAUUGGUCAUGUUGACCGGUCGAGAAAACUGUAUAUUCCGAUUUUUGGGCAUGAUUUUUGAAUUUGACCACAUUUAUUUGACCGGUCAGAUUGGGAAAAUUAGUCAUCUUGACCGGUCAAGAAAAUCGAAAAUUCAAACUUUUGGAUUUAAUUUUUGAAUUUGACCACAUUAAUUUCACCGGUCAUGUUGUUCAACUUGACCGGGCAUUUACAAAAAAAAAUUUUUUUUGCCUAAAUUACCGCUUAUUCCCGAAUUUUCAGGGCCAACAUCUCCUCCGACUAGCCCUGCGCCGUCGAGCCGAACGAAAAAUCAAAAACGAACUCAUCAUCUGCAAGGCGAACUCGCGCAAAUCCCUCCUGGAGAAGCUGUUGACCACCAUGAACCUGUGGAAUUUCAACGCCACGUUCUUCGACCUGCGCCAAAUGAUCAAAGAGAACAACCCCGAGCCGCAGUCGAAACACGCGAAUCAAGCCGCCGUUCAGGCCGACAUCCUGAACAACGAGAUUGCGCGGUGCUGCGGCGAGCUGUUCGGCAAGUUCCAGAUGGACCAGCCCCAUUUGUUGGAGCCUCCGCCGCUGCCGGACCUGAAAUUGUCGCACCUGAACUGCUACUGGCUGAUCGCGCCGCUGAUCAAACGCUGCCCGCAGCCGGAGAACAUGCCCGCGAACUUUGUGAACUGCAGCGUGAAGGGGAAGUUCCUGAAGGACACGGCCACUAGGUUAGAGAAUUCGAAGCGCGAGGAAGCGAAAACCCAAAAAUCCACGUAUUUCCUGAACCAGCCCCCAUUCGUGAACCUUGUCCUCGCCUGCCUCGAAGGCGAGGAACAACAAGGCGAUGGGCUGGCCGCAGCGCUGCUAAAACAACUCCAGGAACUUGUGAAUCGCGUCAAGGAGGACUCGACCAUCCCCCACUCCCAUAGCUUCAUCACGGAAGAGCGAACGGACCUCCUACUGCGCUUAAAUUUACUUGGCGGCAUGUUCGACACGUUAAAACAGUCCUCGGUCGACCUCUGGGCCCUCGUCCUCUUCCAGCUCCUCUACUACAACAUUAUCACACCGGAAAAGGACAAGGAGCACUUUGAUUCCACCUUUGACAUGCUCUCCAUGCUCGUACAUUCGACCCUGGCCACCACGCAGGACGCGGACCGCCGAAAUGAAGCCCUAAGAUGCAGAUCCCCCACCUACAACACGGUGGUGAAGAAGAUCCGCAAAGAACUCGGCGAACGCCCCAUUCCCCCGGAUCUACACUGCCUGCAACAACUCCUCCCAAUUCAGCGCCGAAAAUUGGCCGACAACUCGGCCUGGGACUUGUUCGGAUAUCAGAACCAACAGAAGACCAAAGGAAGCCCCGAAAAUAAGAAUAAUCGCAUUCCCGUGGCCGAGUUUGCUUACCCGACAACCGCCACGCGCAUAGACCGAUUCCCACAAAUGGCACAAAAAAGUAUUGUACAGUUGCUCCAACACACCCAUUUUAAAGACUACAAAAUGCCCGGCAUUUGGGGAUGCAAGAUGGACCGCCAGCAGAACGAUGUGUUCUUGCAGGUAGGAGGCUUGGAAAGAAAUACCCUCACAAGGGAAUGGUCUGAACGGGAAAGUUCAGCUGUCAGAUUGGAAAAUUGAAAAGUCCUGCUCUAAAAAGAUGAGAGCUAUGAUUUGAUGGAAAAUGAUCGACUUGAUCGGGCUAAAUUCUCAUUUUUAAAACCCGACUUUUCAAUUUGACCGACCACAUUGGUCGUAUUGCCAAUUUGCACUGUCAAAUUGGUCAACUUGUCGGGCAAAAACGGAAAAAAAACCACAAUCCUUUCAAAACUUUUCUGACAAGGGUCUGAACUCCCCCCAGCGUUUUGGAAAAUGACUAGUACAGGUGGAUAGAGCAGGACAACUUUGGCAAAAAGAGCCAUUUUCCAGCUGCGGAAUACGCCCGGCCGCUCUUUUUACCAAAGUUGACCUGCUCUCUCUAUCCACCUGUACUAGUCAUUUUCCCAACGCCGGGGGAAGUUCAGACCCUUGUCAGAAAAGUUUUGAAGGGAUUUUGAUUUUUUUAUUUCGUUUUUGCCCGACCGGGUAAGUUGACCAAUUUGAUAGUGCAAAAUGCAAAGGUGACCAAGAUGCCCGGUCAAAUUGAAAAGUCGCGUUUGAAAAAUGGGAAUUUUGCCCGAUAAUGGUCGGUUAUUCUCCAUCAAAUCAAAGCUCUCAUCUUUUUAGAGCAGGACUUUUCAAUUGUCCAAUCUAACAGGCGAACUUUCCCCUUCAGAUUGGCCAUAUUGGUCAGUCAGAUUGAUUAUGCAAUGCAGGACAGGAUCCAGUAUUCAAAAGCGCCUUUCAUUGCAUCAAGGAAGCAUUCCGAGUACCGCCAAAUGCCUUCCUCUCUGACCGAAAAAGAGAGAGGGAGGUAUUUGGCGAUAGGAAUGCGUGAUUGAUGCAAUGAAAGGCGCUUUUGAACACUGGAUCUUGUCCCGCGUUCUAUGAUCAAUCUGACGGUCUAAUAUGGCCAAUCUGUAAGAGAAAGUUCACUCGUCAGAUUGGACAAUUGAAAAGUCCGGCUCUAAAAAAAUUGAGGGCUUUCGAUGGAAAAUGACCGAUCUGACCGGGCAGUUUGACCAGUCCUACCGGCCGAUUUCCAUUCCUAAUUUAUUCAUUUAUUCUCCCACUUCCAGCUGCCCGAAGUCGAGCACGACCCAGAUGAGCCCAUUCCCAACCCAAUGCAACAACAACAGUACGGCCAACCCAUGGGCCAAGCUCAACACCCCCAUCCUUCCGCCUCGUUCCAUCAACCACCGCCGCAACAAAUGCCUCCGCCCAAUUCGUCGAUGAUUCAGAACCAUAUGGGCCAACAGAUGCCCGGACAACUCGGAAACCCGAUGUCCAAUCAAAUGUCCGGCGCGCAGAUGGGCGGUCAAAUUCCCGGCGCGCAGAUCGGCAACAUGCCCGGCCCAAACCAAAUGGGCAACAUGCCCGGAGGGCAAAUCGGGAAUCAAAUGCCCGGAGGGCCGCAAAUGGGUGGCCAAAUGCCGGGCGGGCCUCCGAUGGGCCAUCAAAUGGCCGGCGGCAACAUGAUGGGCCAGGUCCAGGGCACCGUCCCCAUGCCCACCCCACUGGGCCAGCCCUCGAACAUGCCGGGCCAGGACUUCCGCUCACAGCAGCCCCAAAUGCCCAUGGGCAUGCAGAACCCCAUCGGGAUGGCGGGCCGCAUGCCCAUGGGCAUGGGCGCCGGCACCCCCUCCCAAGACACCCCGCCCACGCCGUCGUCGGGGCGCGGCGGCCGCGGCCGCAAAACCACCACGCCCACGCAGCGCGGAACCAAGCGCAAAUCCAAAACCAACCUCAUGGACCUGGCGCCCGACCAGCCCCAACACCCCACCACCGCCAACUUCCCGCACGCCCCGCCCACCCACCACGCCCAACAACAAAUGCUCCAACAACACCAACAAUACACCCAACAACAACAGUGGCAAAUGCAGCAGAUGCGCAUGAACCCACAACAACCGCAACGCAUGCCCCAACAGAACCCACCCCCACCGGGCCCGCAGACCAUGCCCUCUGCCGGACAGAUGCAACAAGGGCCCGGAAUGCAGAGCGAAACGAAACAUCAAUUGCAGGAUGCGAUCCUGCGACGCCAGAGAAGUAGGUGCAGAAUUGAGGGAAAUGGGCAAAGAGGGCUAACACACGUCAAAAAAAUUCAUUCAGAAAAUUGAAAAAACAAGGAAUCUCGGAUCAUUGAUUUUUUGCGAAGUGCCACAGAAUUGCCGAGAUAGAAUUAUUAUUUUUUUUUUCUUACUUUGAAAAGCAUUCUUCUCGAAAAAAACUUUUUCUCUGGGAAAGUUUUCUUUUGUGACUCGAUAAUUCAGCGACACUUCGUCAAAAAUCGAUGAUCCGAGAUUCCUUGUUUUUUCACUUUUUCUUUGACGUGUAAUAGUCCUUCCGUAAAGUGGCUGCAACGAUUUCUCUCAUAUAAUAUCUCUAUCUUUGCUACAAAUCAGCUUAAAAUCCGUUUUAUUUCAACUUUUCCCACCAUAUUUUCAUCUUGGUCUCCUCUUACCCUAUUUUUACCAAAUUCAAUUCUCUGAUUUUCCCAUCUUCUGAGCCAUUCUCCACUCCUUCACAAGUCCAUUCGCAAAGUCGCUGGAGUGAUUUCUGCGACAUUCACUGUGCAAGAAAGGUCAGAGUUCGAGCGACAGCCGAAAAAAGCAUAUUGCACAGUGCAAAAUGCAAGAAAUUGCAUAAUCCAAAGUAAACUUUAGUUUUCCUUUUCCUACGGUGCAUGUCGCCGAAAAAACGCGUUCUUCUGAACUAUUCUCCACUCCUUCAAUAGUCCAUUCGCAAAGUCGCUGGAGUGAUUUCAGCGACAUUUACUGCGCAAGAAAAGUCAAAGGCGAGCGACAACUCAAAAAAAGCAUAUUGCACGGUGCAAAAAGAAAGAAAUUGCACAGCGUAAAGUAAACUUUUGUUUUUUCGGCGACAUGCGCUGUUGGAAAAGGAAAACUUAAGUUUACUUUGCAUUAUGCAAUUUCUGGCAUUUUGCACUGUGCAAUAUGCUUUUUUCGGCUGUCGCUCGAACUCUGACCUUUCUUGCACAGUGAAUGUCGCAGAAAUCACUCCAGCGACUUUGCGAAUGGACUUGUGAAGGAGUGGAGAAUGGCUCAGAAGAUGGGGGAAUCAGAGAAUUGAAUUUGGGAAAAAUAGGGUGAGAGGAGACCUAGGAGAAAAUAGGGUGGGAGAAGUAGGAAUAAAGCAGGUAUUUAGGUGAUUUGUAGUAAAGACUGGAGAUUAUAUGAGAGGAUGUAGAAGAUUUUUUGAAAAAGUAGUGGAAAGGGGGACUAAGAUAGAAAUAUUGCUUACAAUAGUUAGAAGGGAAGAGAGAAAAUUGCUUAUUGAGGAUCUUGGCUUUACUGAGAGAUCGCUAAGCAUGUUGAAAGGUGGGUAAAAGUUAGCCAAAGGAAAGCUAUGACAAGAGGGGGCUUAAAUUUCAAAUUUCUAUACACCUCCGCUCUAAAAUCUCAAUUUUUGCCAUUUCAUUGGGUCCCAUAUUGUCAUAGCUCAACACAGAGACUGUUAGCUGUCCGUACGCACUUGUUUUUUCUUUUUUUUUUAUGAGUUUGGCCAAUGGGUAUCUAUAAUUUUUUGAGUUCAAAAAUUUUCUUAUCAAGUACAAUAUCCUUGCAAUUCAGAUCAACAAAUGCAUCAGAAUCGACCAUAA